AUGGUAAAAGAGUUGUGCCAUCGAUGUUCAAAACCAGUUUAUCCUACCGAUAAAGUUGGGCCGUUGAAAGAUUCUACGUACUUUCAUCAAGGAUGCUUUAAAUGUUAUAUAUGCGGUACACGACUUGCACUAAAAACUUACUGCAAUAAUAGAAACGAUAUCGACGAUCAGGAAAUUUACUGUAAUAGCCAUGUUCCGGUUGCCGGACCGCACGAUAUACCAUCGACACGUAACGGUAUACUGAAUGGUCGUAAUAGUUCCAACGGAUUUCGUCGUGAUGCCGGUCUUGACGACAUGAAAAUUGCACAUGCUAUCAAAGCAACUCAAGUUUCAAAACCGUACCCAAAAAUAAAGCACGGUGGUGCACGUUAUAUUGUGGACUACGAUGCACAAACUCGACUAGAGUUAAUUCAUCGACGAGACGAAGACAAACUCUAUGAAGCAUUUGAUGAAGAUAAGAAGCGAGAAUAUGAUCAAUUUCAACGGGAAACAAAGGAAGAAUGGGAACGAGCUUUAGCAGAUUUUGCUCGUAAAUAUGAGAAAGGGCAAGUUGGAAGCAAAAAUAAAGAAGAUUUGAUCAGGCAUUUGACCAUUAAAAGAGACAAAAAACUAGAGACGUUACAUAUGCAACGUAAAGAACGAGAACGAUUACAGACUGCUGAACUGGUAGAUCGGCAAGCAAAAGAAAUGCUAGAACUUUUUAAGCAGGCUCGAGUGGUAAGAGGAUCGCUGUCUACAGACUGUGAUGUUGGCGACUCAAGUAAUGGACCGCCGUCCUAUCCGACGACACCUCCGCCUCCAACACCGCCGAUGUGUAGUAAACGUGAUGUCUACACCAGCACAUCAGUGUUUGAGUCCAUCGACCAAAUAGCCAUAUCGAUGGCGCAGUCUGAAGUUACCACAUUUACAGAACUGAUUCGAGCACUUACUGCAAACGCCUGUUCGGAUGUGGAGAAGGCAAGAGCGAUAUAUCGGUGGAUAACUGUUAAAAAUUUAAAUGUAAUGCAGUUUGACAAUGAUCUGGACAGUAAUACACCAAUGGGACUGUUACGUGGUAUUAAGUACGGCACCGAAAGUUAUCAUGUACUUUUUAAACGACUUUGCAGCUACGCUGGACUUCAUUGUGUUGUCAUAAAGGGAUACAGCAAAUCUGCCGGUUACCAGCCAGGUUACAGAUUUGAAGACAUUCGAUUUAGGAACACCUGGAAUGCUGUAUAUUUAGAUGGUUCUUGGCGAUUUGUUCAGUGCAACUGGGGUGCUCGGCAUCUUGUUAACGCAAAGGAGGGUUCCCGGUCUAAACAAAGUGGCGACAGUUUACGCUAUGAAUAUGAUGAUCACUAUUUUAUGACCGACCCCGAGGAGUUCAUUUACGAAUUUUUCCCUCAAGAGCCUCAGUGGCAGUUACUGCCAAGACCAAUAACGCUAAGACAAUUCGAAGCCCUGCCAUUCGUUCGGUCUUUAUUUUUCCGAUAUGGGCUUAGUUUCACCGAUCCCUUGCUGCAAGCUGUUGUCCAAGCCGAUAAGUCAGGUGCAGCUACUAUUUCAGUUAGUAUGUGUCGAGAAGCACUGGAUACGUUGAUAUUCCAUUAUAAUUUGAAAUUUUACGACGGAGAAGAAACGGAACUGAACGGUUACAGUCUGAAAAGGUUCGUAAUGCAGUCUGUGGUUGGUGAUGCAGCAGUAUUUCGGGUCCAUUGUCCAUCUACUAGGCCGAUGCUACUGGAUAUCUUUGCAAAUGCUGUAACACCUGGACAUUAUCUUACCGGACAACCAAUUAAAUUUAAAAGCGUUUGUAAAUUUAAGAUAGUGUGUGAGCAGUUAAAUGUUAUAAUGGUUCCGCUACCUGAGUGUGCAAGCGGAGAAUGGGGACCAGCCAAAGCAUAUCGGCUUUUUGGUCUUAUACCGGUGUCACAUGAGGAUGCAAUUAUUAACAGCGAUAGAUAUCUCGACAUCAAGUUUAGAAUGUCAAAGCCGCUAGCUGAAUUUGUGGCUUCGUUGCAUCGCAACAAUGUUAGCGAAAGAAUGCUACAACGUUACUGUCAAGCGUCAAUCAGAGGAGAUUUAGUUUCCAUUCGCAUUGAAUUUCCUGAAGAAGGCCAAUAUGGGCUCGACAUUUACACACGGUAA